ACAAUCCCGGAUAAGAAUGGUGCUGAAGAAGGUCGUAAAUCAGCGAAUCCUGAACGACGUGAUCGGAGUCGCGUGCAAGCCAGGAGAAUGGGUGGUGUUAGUCGUCGAUCAUCACAGCAUGCGAGUCAUCUCGGCCUGCUGCAGAAUGCAAGACAUCAUGGACAAGGGCGUUACCCUCGUCGAAGACAUCGAGAAACGUCGCCAGCCGCUUCGCGCGUUCGAGGCCAUCUACCUCCUGUCGCCUGUUGAAAAGUCAGUCGAAGGACUUAUUGCCGACUUCAAGGAUCCGGGAUCUCCGCAGUACAAGGCCGCGCACGUUUUCUUCAUUGAGACAUUGCCGGAAAAUCUGUUUGGAAGGCUGGCAAAGAGUGAAGCAGCUAAAUUGACGAAGACUCUGAAGGAAAUUAGUGUGGCGUUUUUGCCAGCUGAGCAGCUGGUGUAUUCGCUCGAUGCCGAGCAUGCGCUUAAGACGUUUUUUAGUCCGAGUAAAGUGCAGGGUCGGAGUCAUAUGUUGGAGAGAAUGGCCGAGCAGAUUGCUACACUUUGUGUGACGUUGGGAGAAUAUCCAUCCGUCAGAUACAGAACCGAUUCUUCUCGCUGCUUGGAGUUAGCAGAGAUGGUACGAUCUCGCCUCAAUGCAUACAAAGUCGACGACAUGUCAAUGGGCAAGCAACCAGGACAACAGAAGUCACAGCUAAUCAUACUAGACAGAGGCUUUGAUCCUAUCUCACCUCUACUGCACGAACUCACACUUCAGGCAAUGGCACAUGACCUUCUUGGUCUGAAAGACGACAUUUUCAAAUAUGAGUAUACGUCGGGUAAUGAUGCUUUGGCUGUCAAGGAAGUUCUUCUUGAUGAGCAUGAUGAGUUAUGGUGUCAGUUGCGUCACAUGCACAUAGCAGAUGUGAUGAAAAACGUGUCAUUACAAAUGAGGCAGUUUCUUCAGGCAAAGAAAGUCACCAAGCCAGGAGCUGACGUGAGCAUUCGAGAAAUGUCGAAGAUCAUGAAGAAGAUCCCACAGUAUCGCAAAGAGCUAAACAAGUACGAGGUUCAUAUGCAUUUGGCCGAGGAGUGCAUGCGGCGAUACAAGGACGGUGUCGAGCAGUUGUGCCCUGCAGAACAGGAUCUUGCAAUGGGUAUGACAUCACAAGGUGAGAAGGUGAGAGAUCCGAUGCGGCUUAUCAUCCCAAUAUUGCUGGAUCAAAGUGUCAAGGUUGAGGAUAAAUUGCGAUUGUUGCUGCUUUACAUUGUCAUUAGAAAUGGCAUUAGUGACGAGAAUCUCCAAAAGCUUGUCAAGCACGGGCAGAUACCACAGUCAGAGUUCUCUACGAUAACAAACAUGCAACAUUUGGGUAUCCCAGUCAUUUCCGAAGUGGACAGGGACAGAAAGAAGAAGAGGCCGCAACGUAAAGAAAGAACCGAUGACACGUACAAUGUGUCCCGUUGGGUUCCUAUGAUCAAAGACGUUAUGGAAGAUGCUAUUGAUGGUACUCUUGACUCCAAGCUGUUUCGGUUUCUUGAAGGGACUGCUACAAGUCAUACGGAGGAUGCGGAUAUCAGUGUUGCAGCAGGAGCAAAGAGUGCUCGUUGGACAUGGCAUCAACGGGAUCCACAACAGAAACCGGGUGCAGUCGCCCGAACUGGACCCAGACUGAUCAUCUUCAUCGCCGGUGGGGCCACAUACUCUGAGCUUCGGUCUGCAUACGAAGUAUCAAAUGACGAGAACAGGAAAGGCUGGGAAGUGAUCGUCGGGUCGAAUUGUAUGCUCUCGCCGAAGCAGUACUUGACAGAGCUACGCGACCUGGAGAGGUCACAGGUGCAAGUUGCAUGAGACUGACUGACACUUUGUUGACUGCACGAAAUACAAGCAGCUAGACGGUCUGUUGUCUGUCUGCACCAUACUUGUAUCUAGCACUUUUCAUGAGGCGUGUGUAUACAGUAGGAUCCUAAUGAGUUGUUGUGUGCGAAGGUAAUUAGAUUUCAGGACUGCACAAUGCGAGUACAUCCAAUGCGAGUGAUUUUAUGAAGU